AUGAGUCUUAAAGUAGAGGACUUUGGCACGGAUAUUUCUAGAAAUAUAGAAUUAUAUAGCGGUCGAAUCUUUGACGUUUACAUACAGAAAGACUCGUAUUCGCAGUCAAAUUUAGAUGAUAUGUUUCCAGAAGCCGUUGCUCCGGACCCUAGCUGCGUGAAAAAUGAAGAGGAGGAUGACAUCAACCUCGUUAACGCGCCUCCUCAAUUUGAACUGGUCAAUACAGGGCUAGGAGCCAAAUCAGAUGAUUUGAGAUCUUCAUCGGUAAAGAGUACUUUCACUGAUAAACAGAGGAAAAGUGAAGUACCAAGUCUAUCCGUGAACAAUUACUUUCCAGGGCAAAGAAGCGAAGACUCAUCAGCAGCGGAAUCCUGGGGCAUCGGUUGCGAUAAAUGGUCGGAAAAAGUAGAAGAGGCAUUUUUUGAGGCACUGAGAUUGAUAAUGAAGAAUGGAACCACUAAAAUAAAAAUAAGAAACGCCAAUUUCGGGAGAAACGAACUCAUUUCCUUGUACAUUAAGCACAAAACCAAUGUGUUCAGGACCAAAAAGCAAAUCUCUUCGCAUAUCCAAGUUUGGAAAAAAACAAUACAAAACAAAGUUAAGGACUCUUUGACCUUGACAUCAAGAGAGGAGGAACUUUUACAUCUUAUCGAACAUGGUGCUGAACAAACCACUGAAAACUCAAACUUGUUCUAUGACAUAUUCGAGGAGAUUAUUGAUUUUUCACCUUCAAUUAACGAUUCAGGAAGUAUAACUCCUAAAAAUCUGCAUGCCAAUAACACGAGCAACAAUGAAUUGUCAAUUCAUUCAAGAUUACUCACACCAAUCACCGCCUCGAACGAGAAAAAAAUCGAAAAUUUCAUCAAAAUCGACGCUGCAUCUCAAGCAAAGACUCCCUUAAUCUACGCUAAACACAUUUAUGAAAACAUGGACGGUUACAAAUGCAUUCCAUCUAAGAGAGUCCUUGAACAACUUUCUCCCACGGAAUCUCACCAAGAAGGUGAUGCUAAUGGGGAGACUUAUUCUAACAAGAAAGCAAUUCUAGAAACCGCCAGAAAUAUUGAAAUAGAGCAGAGAAAAAUAAUCAACAAAUACCAAAGGAUUUCCCGCAUACAAGAACAUGAAAGUAAUACUGAGUUCAGUUCCAAUUCCAAUUCCGCUUCAGAUUAUGAGUCUGAAGAAGAAGUGGUUCCAAGAUCAACUGCAGUUCCACAACUCCAAAACAGACCAGCGUCGUACUAUAAGAAUAAUGGAAUGCCCUACCCUCUUUCCAAAGUACGAGGAAGACCGAUGUACCCCAGACCUGCUGAAGAAGUCUAUAACUCAAAUUACGCUCAAGGUUUGCCCCAAUAUCAAACUUCUUAUUUCUCACAACUGUUACUGUCAUCACCCCAGCAUUACGAACAUUCCCCACAUCAAAGGAACUUUACUCCGUCUAACCAAUCGCAUGGGAAUUUCUACUAA